AAUGUGAGGAGGAGCAUCAAUGACAAGACAUUAGUGAUGGGAGAACUUCUUGCACCGUCGAGAAAAACGGCCAAUUUCUACCUGUUUCCAGCAAGUAAAACGCGCAAGGGCGCUCCAAGAGUUAAAAGUUAAAAAAGAAACUUCGCAUAGUACACAUCUCUCGGUGUGCUUUUAGUUUUCUGUUUAUAUCUAAGUAAAAUAGAAUGUAAACAGUUUCUUUGAUUUGCAAUAAAUAAAGUUAUUCAUUUUGAAGUACAGGAAGAUUAAUGGUUUUGAGUAAAUUGUGGUUGAAUUUGAUUUCGACUUAAAAGAAUGCCCUUGCCCAUUCAAAUGUCGUUGUACCAGAGCGCGGUGGAGCCGAUGCAGGUGGACGUGCCCCCGGAGGACAACGACAACAACGAGGAUGAGCCCUACACCGUGGACAACCCCAACCUGGACCUGGAGGCGUACGCCAACAGCUACCUGGGGCUGGCCCGCCUCUACCGCCUCAUCUACAUCGCGGACCACUGCUCCUCGCUGCGCCUGGAGGCCCUCAAGAUGGCCGUCGCGUACGUCAUGGGCACCUACAACGUGGCGCUAUACCAGCAGCUGCACAAGAUGCUGCAGGAGACGCUCGCGGCCUCCAGCCUGCCGGACAUCGCGGCCGGCGCGGCGCAGCCCGCCUCCCAGGACCUGCCCACCCUCGACCUCAUGUGGGUCGAGUCCAAGUCCAAGAAGGCAGCUCUGAAGCUGGAGAAGCUGGACACGGACCUGAAGAACUACAAGAGCAACUCCAUCAAGGAGAGCAUCAGGCGGGGCCACGACGACCUGGGGGACCACUACCUGGACUGCGGGGACCUGUCCAACGCCCUCAAGUGCUACUCGCGCGCCCGCGACUACUGCACCAGCGGCAAGCACGUCGUCAACAUGUGCCUCAACGUCAUCAAGGUAAGCGUGUACCUGCAGAACUGGUCGCACGUGCUCAGCUACGUCAGCAAGGCGGAGCAGACCCCGGACUUCUCCGAGGUGCAGGGCAAGGAGAGCAACCAGACCAUCAUGACGCGGCUGAAGUGCGCGGCGGGCCUGGCGGAGCUGGCGACCACCAAGUACAAGACGGCCGCCAAGAACUUCCUGGCCGCCAACUUCGACCACUGCGACUUCCCGGAGCUGCUGUCGCCCAGCAACAUCGCCAUGUACGGGGGGCUGUGCGCGCUCGCCACCUUCGACCGCGCCGAGCUGCAGAAGAACGUCAUCUUCAGCAGCUCCUUCAAGCUGUUCCUGGAGCUGGAGCCGCAGCUGAGGGACAUCAUCUUCAAGUUCUACGAGUCCAAGUACGCCUCGUGCCUCAAGCUGCUGGACGAGAUAAAGGACAACCUGCUGCUGGACAUCUACAUCGCGCCGCACGUCAGCACGCUGUACGCGCAGAUACGCAGCCGCGCGCUGAUCCAGUACUUCAGCCCGUACCUGUCGGCGGACCUGGUGCGCAUGGCCGAGGCGUUCAACACGAGCGUGCCGGGCCUCGAGGACGAGCUCAUGACGCUGAUCCUGGACGGCCAGAUCCAGGCGCGCAUCGACUCCCACAACAAGAUCCUGUACGCCAAGGAGGUGGACCAGAGGAGCACCACGUUCGAGAAGUCGCUGGCCGUGGGCAAGCUGUACCAGCGGCAGACGCGCAUGCUCAUCCUGCGCGCGGCCAUGCUCAAGCACCAGAUCCACGUCAAGAGUCCGCAGCGCGACAGCGGGCAGGGAGUGGAGAUAGUCGCUCCGGGCAACAGCGCCAUAUCUGCCCGCAACUAACCACAGCACGGGGCAAGUGUGGUGGACAUCUCGGGUUCGUCUCACACCGCGGACAUGAGACGCUGGAUGGCGACCUCGUAUCGGUACCGUGGCAGAAGUAUUAAAGAGAGCAAGCAGUUGGUCUAUCAUAAUUUCCUGUGAAUAUGCUAAUUAUGUUAGAGCGUUUAUUUCUGUCCAACAAUCAAUUGUGUAACAGUCAGUGACACAGAACUAGUUACAUCUGAGCAUGAAGGCUGCCGUUUUCUAUGCGAGAACAUGAAGGUUGCUAAAAGAUGACUACCGUGUUUACUUACAAGUUUUUUUUUUUUUUUUUAAGAUUAAUAUACUGCAAUUGUAACAGUGUAAAAUUAUUAGUAAACUGAAACAUAUUAUCUUGGACAUUUUCUUUUACUUUCCUCAGUGUUGCAGUUACGAGUUUUAGAUUACCUGUUUUACUUAAAUGAAUUGAAAGAAAACAAAAGUGUUUCUUGGAUUGAUACUAUCGUACAUUUUAGUUCAAUUUCUCUGAGAUAUUUUCUUGUAUUUCAUCACCAUAUAUUUAAGAUUAUCUACAAGUGGCAUCACACCAGAAAAUCCAUUUAUUUGCUUUUGCCAAAAGACAAAAGUACCAUAUUUACUAAUGUAAAGGUAGCCUAUUUUAUUAUGGUUUUUUAGAUUUAAAAAAAUGUAGUGUUUUCCAUUAUACAAGUUUUUCUUUUGAUUUUACUUAACUUUGCUCUCACUGUGUGGUUAAAUAUGUCUGUAAACAACUAGCCUAUGUUGGUUGUUUAUAACUGUCACUCCAUGAGUAAGUAUUUCUUGGUAGUAGUGUGACGCUCCAUGAACAGCACAGUAAUUACACGUCUGCUGCCCGCUGGGUUUGAAUCAGCGAGUGAGUGAGAGAGAGAAUAUGUGUGUGUGCGCGUGAGGACAUGUGGCAGUAUUGACAGUUCUCCUCCCUCAUCGUAAAUGUCUGAUGAACCCUACACAAAUAACUUGACAGGUGUUUGUGAUGCAACUGUGCCCAAACAUUGCUUUGGCAUCACAAAUACUGAAUGAUAAAAUUAAAAAAAAAAAAUUAUUUAGCAUCUCACCUAUUAAUACAUACAAUUUUACUUUUUAACAAAUUUUUUCUUGUUAAAGUCUAAAUUUCUAAGUGCCUUGAAAAAGUUUUUAACAGUGUUUUUUUAUUGUAUUUGUAAUUCAAAUAAUUUUGUCAAAUCUGAUUUUCAUUCAAUUCAUGAUGCAAGACUAAAUGAAAACACAUUUCAAAUUUUUCUGCCACAUCCAUUACAUAUAAAUUUUCUCAUAAAAAAACUGACAACAGACUGCAAUAAAUUUUAUAUCAGGAACAAGUCCAUUUUCAACACUAAUGACUAAGUUUUUAAGUAAUAUUGUACACAAAACUUCCUUAUGACUAUCUCAACUACAGCCUAAAAAAAUAAUUUACCCAUCGAGAUACAUAUAAAGUACAGAUGUUUAAUAAAUAAAACCAGAGGAGAUUAUGUACUUGAUUCCAAUAUUUUUAAUGAGCCUGUUUUACAAUGUCUUAAUAAAAUAUAAAACAACUGUGCCUGUUAACUCUGUAUUGCUUGAUUGGAAAAGUAAUGACAAUGGCAGCAUUAGCAAUCUGUACACUGGUAAAAUUCAACAACACACAAGAAAUGAAUUCCAUCUCUAGGGCUAUGUUCUUGAGAUUUUGAUUCACCUCACAGACAUAUUGUCAGGGUGGCUACUAAAACUGUACCAAAAAUGAUGGCAUCGGCAACUCAGCGAUCACAUACUGUGGCUGUCAGGAAAUGAGAAAUUGUGUUGCAUGAAAAAAAGUAUGUCGUCACAGAAAUUAAUGUGAAAUGUCCUUGAUUAAUGGUGGUUCCGCAAUAAAAAUUAUAUCUGUAAAGUGAGAA